UGCCCUGUGUCAGCGGGUCCUCCUCUUGUCUCCUUAUCUCUUCUAAUGGGACUGUAACUCAAGAGGGAGGCUGCUGAUGCUACAGAGGAACCUCACAUGUUAUCUUACAUUCUGAACAUUUGGCAGAGUUGUUCACAAUACUUCCAUCAGUUUCAUUUAAUCAUCGCGAGAGUUUAUUCACAGUAGCGCUUGACCACCGCUCUCCAUCCGCGUACACGCGCUCAAACUGCCAUGGAGUACCUCAACUUUUGUCUUGUCUUCUCGUUCUGGUUCAAGUUUGCCUCUUGUGUCUACUCUACUGACUCUCCUCCUGCGCCUGCGCCUAUUCCCAAAGAAAAGCUGCUCGUCCUAACAGUGGCCACAGAGGAGACAGAUGGCUUCCAACGCUUUAUGCAGUCAGCAAAGUAUUUUAACUACAACGUCAAGGUGCUGGGGAUGGGAGAGCCGUGGAAAGGAGGAGACGUAGGCCGGUCCAUUGGUGGAGGUCAGAAGGUCAGACUACUGAAGCAAGCCCUGGAGGAGGUGGCCGACCAGGAGGACCUCAUUGUUCUAACAGUGGACAGCUAUGAUCUUAUCUUCGCCGGGGGACCAGAAGAAAUACUCAAGAAGUUUCAGCAGGCGAACCACAAAGUCAUUUUUGCUGCCGAGGCCUUGGUCUGGCCCGACAAAAGACUGGCAGACAAGUAUCCCUCAGUACGCAGUGGAAAACGCUACUUGAACUCUGGAGGUAUAAUUGGAUAUGCACCAUACAUGAACAGAAUCGUGUCACAGUGGGAUCUCCAUGACAACGACGAUGACCAGCUCUUCUAUUCAAAGAUAUAUGUGGACCCACUGCAGCGGCUGAAUCUCAACAUGACUUUGGAUCACAAGUGCCAGAUUUUCCAGAACUUGAAUGGCGCUGUUGACGAGGUGCUUCUGAAGUUUGGCACUGACCGAGUUCGUGUCCGGAACACAGCCUAUGACUCUCUCCCAGUGGUCGUCCAUGGCAACGGGAACACCAAAAUGUACUUGAACUACUUGGGCAACUAUGUCCCCAAUGCUUGGAACUAUGAAAACGGAUGUGGCCACUGCGAUGAAGACAAUGUGGAUUUGUCAGAGUUAAGAGAUCUACCCAACGUUCUCAUCGGUAUCUUCAUCGAGCAGCCCACCCCUUUCCUCCCAGAAUUCUUCCACCGACUGCUCACCAUGGAUUAUCCCAGAGACAAACUCAGACUUUUUAUUCAUAAUAAUGAGGUUUACCAUGAGAAGCAUAUCCAAAGUUUCUGGGAGGCCAACAGGAAUGCCUUUAGCAGUUUCAAAGUGGUGGGACCGGAGGAGAAUCUGAGCCAGGGAGAAGCCAGGAAUAUGGGCAUGGAUCUGUGCAGGCAGGACUCCACUUGUGACUACUACUUCAGCAUCGACGCCGACGUGAUGCUAACCAAUAGGCAGACACUCAAGCUGCUAAUCGAGCAAAACAGGAAAAUAAUUGGACCCCUUGUCACUCGUCACGGCAAACUGUGGUCCAACUUCUGGGGAGCCCUGAGCCUGGACGGUUAUUACGCCCGCUCCGAAGAUUAUGUCGACAUAGUGCAAAGAAAACGUGUGGGCGUGUGGAACAUUCCGUUUAUGGCGCACGUCUACCUCAUCCAGGGCACCACUCUGAGGACUGAGCUCAAGGAGAGGAACCACUUUGUGUUGGAGAAACUGGAUCCUGACAUGGCUUUCUGUAGAAAUGUCCGAGAGCUGACCAGUCACAGAGAAAAAGACUCCCCUUCUCCGGAAUCAUUCCAUAUGCUCAGGCCCCCGAAGGGAGUCUUCAUGUACAUAACAAACCGCCACGAAUUCGGGAGACUAAUUUCCACAGCCAAUUAUAACAUUUCUCAUUAUAACAACGACUUGUGGCAGAUAUUCGAAAACCCAGUGGACUGGAAAGAGAAGUACAUCCACCAGAACUACACACAGAUCUUCACCCACAACUACUUGGAAGAGCCCUGUCCGGAUGUGUUCUGGUUCCCCGUGCUAACAGAGAAGGCCUGUGAUGAACUAGUGGAGGAGAUGGAGCACUACGGUUCCUGGUCCGGAGGCAAACAUGAGGACAAACGGAUCGCUGGAGGUUAUGAGACAGUGCCCACCGACGAUAUCCACAUGAAGCAGAUCGGGUAUGAGAAAGAGUGGCUGCACUUCCUCCGAGAGUUCAUUUCACCAGUGACACUAAAGGUCUUUUCUGGAUACUAUACUAAGGGCUAUGCCGUGAUGAACUUCGUGGUGAAGUACACUCCAGGUAGACAGUCGUACCUCAGGCCUCAUCACGACUCCUCCACUUUCACCAUCAACAUCGCUCUCAACCACAAGAACACAGACUUCCAGGGUGGAGGCUGCCGUUUCCACAGAUACAACUGCUCCAUUGAGUCUCCCAGAAAAGGGUGGAGCUUUAUGCACCCAGGACGCCUGACCCACCUGCACGAGGGCCUGCCCACCACCAACGGCACCCGCUAUAUCGCUGUGUCCUUCGUUGACCCUUGAGCCUGGCUUUUGACAGAGUUUUUUACUGUUUCUGUUUCUUGAUUUGUAGCUCAGAUUUGUUUUACUAUUUUAAAGCCAAUGCUUUAAAAGAAUAAAGAAUUGUUAUACAAUCUCUGUCAAACAGAGUGAAAUGUUGAAAUGGAAGUGACAAUAUUCACAUGAAAGAUACACAAAAAACAAGUGACAAUCAUCAGAAGAAAACAACACACAGUUAUUUAUUGUUGGGAAUGAAACUGCCAAGUUGAGUCUGUAAACACACUGGUAACCUUGUGAACUGUAGCCGGGUUAGCAUUGGCCUGCUCGCUCACAUGGAGUUUGUGUAUCUAUUGAUCAUUCAGGAAAAUGUCACUGAACUUUUGGUACUGUAAUCUGCUACUGGUGCUGCCCUUCUGUGCCUUAAAGCUAUAGAUGGACUUUACUUGUUUUCUUAUCCUAAGCUGUCACACAAAUUUGAUUUGUGAUUUUGUGAUGUUUUUUCCACAGUUAUAAAAGCCUGUAGAAUCAAGUUAUGUUUAGUUUGACCAAAUGCAACAGUCUCUUUCUUCAAAGUUUUCUGUCACAAAUUCUUCCGCCAUGUUUUUGUUGGACCUGUGUGAAUGGAUUUUGA